AUGUUGCGUGUUAUUUUCCUAUCGGGCCUCCUGGUCGUGACUCGGGGCGCCAUCCAGCCGUCUGUCACCAUUCCGGACACAGCUGCCGGAUAUGCCCAGCAAGUCGUUGAUGUGUUUCAAACUGCUUACGGGGCAUACCUCCAAUAUGCCAAAGGACAUGAUGAUCUGGCUCCUGUCUCGAAGAGCUUUGUUGAUGGGCGAAACGGCUGGCAAGCAACUGUCUGGGAUGCCUUGGAUACGAUGCAGUUGAUGGGUUUGGAUACUCUUUAUGAUCAAGCACUGGGUCUGAUCACCAAUGUCAACUUCACUCGUUCGCUCACCUCAGACGCUGCUUACCGCAAUCAUAGCGUCUUUGAGAGUAAUAUACGUUACCUCGGCGGGGCAUUGUCGACAUUCGAGUUAACUGGAAAGACAAACACGCACCUCAUCGAUCAAGUUACGGUCCUCACAGACCGGAUGGCCUAUGCUUUUGACGCUGGUCCUGUGCCGUUCAACGAAGUUGACUUUUCUACCGAUCCUCCUACUGCCCAAUUCGGAACAUCCAAUAUUGCUCAAGUUGGUACCCUGACCCUGGAGUUCUCCCGGCUGUCUGUUUAUACUGGAAAUGACACUUACCGACAAUUGGCCGAAAACGCAGUUAAAGCCGUCAUGGGGCAGCCUACUCCUCUGCCCGGUUUCCCGGCACAAGGAAUCGAUCCGCCUACUGGAACUCCGGAUGGUGAUUACGUGUCCUGGGGAGGCGGAUCCGACUCCUAUCUUGAGUAUUUGCUGAAAUAUGCCCGCAUCACCAACAAUGCCGACCCUACCUUCCUCAACGCAUGGAAACAAGCAGUCGAUACGUCAAUUCAAUAUCUCCUAACCCAAUCUUCUGUUGGAAACUGGACUUACCUCACCGACUUCACUGGUGGAGCGCCCUUCUAUAUCAGUUCGCAUCUUGCUUGUUUCCACGGUGGCAAUUGGCUGCUCGGAGGGAAAUUACUUAACAAUGACACCAUCUUCAACAUCGGCUUGAAAUUGGUGGAUGCCUGCACGAACACCUAUCACAGCACACCGACAGGAUUUGGACCGGAGUUCUUCACAUUCAUCAAUGUGAACGGAGCUUCAAGCCUUACUCCAUCCUCAGACGAUUUGGCGUUCUAUGACGAGCACGGUUUUUGGAUCUUUCCGGGAGAGACUGACUAUUUUCUGCGCCCGGAGGUGCUUGAGUCUAAUUUCUACGCCUGGCGAAUGACCGGAGAUGUCAAGUACUUCAAUAAUGCCGUUGCUGCGCUGGACAGCGUCACGACUUACUUGAAGGCGAAUGCUGGUUAUGCUGGACUGAACGAUGUCACAAACCCCAGCGCAGGUAUGAUCGACGACAUGGAAUCGUUUUUCAGCGCAGAAACACUCAAAUAUCUGUAUCUGACAUUCAGUCCUUUCGACAAGAUCAGCCUGGACGAAUAUGUGUUUAAUACGGAAGCGCAUCCUUACGAGGCUCCUGUGUGGACGCAUUGA